UUGCUGGCCAUGAAGCUGACGAAUUCGACAACCAUCGUUACAGCUCUCUGCAACCUUACACCUCAAUCUACCUUCAUCGUUGCAAUCUUCAGCAGGAUGGAGACUCUGAAACUCAGAAAGCUCAGCGGUCGAGCCAAGCUGACUGGAACCCUGGUCGGGCUGGGCGGCGCGAUGCUGGUCACGUUCUACAAGGGCCCAGAGAUCGAGUUCCUGCACAAUCUGGGACGCACCUGGCUCAGCCGCGCACACGGCGAUCACCAGCUCCUCCGCCCGCCGCCGACCGAGGGGUCCCGGAUCCUAGGCUCGUUCCUCGCCAUCGCCAGCUGCUUCAGCUUCGCGAUCUGGCUCACCAUCCAGGCGAAAGUAGGGCAGGUCUACCCGUGCCACUACUCGAUCGCCGCCAUGGUGUGCCUCUUCGGCGCCGUCCAGUCGACGCUGCUGGCGCUCUGCAUGCACAGGGACAUGGACUACUGGAGGCUGGGGCUCAACAUCAGGCUCUACUCGUCGGCUUACGCGGGUAUCGUGGCGUCCGGGUGCGCCUUCCCACUAAUUUCGUGGUGCCUGCGAAAGAAAGGGCCGCUCUACGUCGCCAUGUUCGGGCCACUCGUCGUCGUCUUCGUUGCCGUCAUGAGCUCCAUUGUUCUCGACGAGACACUGCACAUUGGAAUCGUUCUUGGUGCGGUACUGAUCAUGGCGGGGCUGUACAUGGUGCUGUGGGGCAAGGCGAGAGAGGAAGAUGAACAAGAAGCAGAUGCGCUAAAGCUUGUUAGUCAAGAUGAGGAGCUGGGGAAGGAGUCCGUUCCGCCGGCUGGUAAUGUUGAAACAUAA